GAGUGGGAAAGCCCUUGUCCGGCCCCCUCCCCCGUCCCACUAGGUUGUGAACUCACAGCUGCAGAGGUGUCAGGUGUUCAGCUUGUAGAGUCAAGAGUGAUGGGUGGGGGACUUCCCUGGUGGCACAGUGGAUAAGACUCUGUGCUCCCAAUGCAGGGCGCCCAGGUUCGAUCCCUGGUCAGGGAACUAGAUCCCACAUGCAUGCCGCAACUAAGGAGACAGUGAGCUGCAACUAAGGAGCCCUGGAGCUGCAACUAAGGAGCCCACCUGCCGCAACUAAGACCUGGUGCAACUAAAUAAAUAAAUAAUAAUUUUUUAAAAAGAGUGAAGGGUGGUAGAGAGCUGGGGUAAUAAACUCAGAGAAGGUAUCUAACCCCAAUUGUUUUCAGGUUACUUUAGUAGGUGGGUAAUUUACCCCUCUGUGUCCUCAGCUUUAUGUCCUGGAGCCAAAUUCCAAAUCAGCAGCCACAUGAAAAGUCCUACCUCACUGUGGGAUUAAACUGUCAGACCAGCCUUUGUGACCAAAGCAAUUGCAAAAUGUGGGGGAGGAAAUUAAAAGUCGUCACCCAGCCUGUGGUAGUGUGUGUGUGUGUGUGUGUGUUUAUGUCUGUGUUUAUGUCACACACAGUGGUCACAUAUGUGUGUGAGGGAGAAAGCUGAGGGGUAGGGGCUGUCCCGGCAGGUACCACAUAGAUACCUGGAGACAGAAGGGCCACAGGUGGGUGCCUAGCCUAUGGGAGAAAGAGAGGAACCAGGAAGGGUUGCCAUGGAGUCAGACUAAAACCAGGAGAUGGAAGUAGACAGGGUUGGGGAUGACAGGAAGAGAUGGGAGUGGGGAGGGGAUCCAGCUGCCAGCUCUGUAGACCCCCUUUCCUUCUCUCCCUCGCCAUUCUUCCUCCCUUUCCUUCAGUUUCUCUCCCUCCUUACUUCCCAUUUCCCUUACCCUUUUGUUCCCUGUCCCCAGAAUUCCUGGGAACAAAGGAAAUCAAAAGGGACAGUUCAGAACUUCAGACAUAUCCCUUCAACCUGAGCGCUGGCUCAGCUCCCUUGCCUGGCUGUGCUUAGUCUACUGUGAGUCCUAGGUUCAUGGAUGCUGCCCUGCUGCCCCCUGGUGCCCAGAGCUGGCAGCAGAGGCAGGAAUGGGGGCUGGGGUCCAGACGCUCGCCUGUGGAGUGAUGAGAAGAAAAUGAUCCUGCUGGCAGCCAGGUCGUUGGAGUGUGCGAGAUAGGGGUAGGACUGAGAAUUGAAACUGGGAACACAAUUUGCAAAACAUACCUGAUUUACAAAACAGUUAACAGUGCCUGACCAAGCCGUGAUGUCCAUCUCAGACUAAGCUCACACUUGAAAACACCCAUGUAUUUAGACCCACAUGUUCCAAGAGAAAACCACAGGCAAACUGAUUUAAUAGUAAUUCUCCACGAGGGCUCCUGUGUUCUCAACAUAAGAUCUCUGACUCUUCCAGCAACUUCCUGCUUUGCAAAUCCUGACCAAUCUCUGCCAGAGACCAUCCUUUGACUCACUCCAGCCCCACAACCCUAUAAGCACCCCUUCCUUAACUCCUCCCUUUGGAGACACCCCAGGGAAUCCCCUGAUGGGAAGUCUUUGCUGCAGCAAGUGAUAAGCCCGACCUUGUUGGCUACAGGUGUGUUCCUGAUGGUGGGGGCUGAUCAGCAUUGACAAGAGGUUGCUGCCUCUUCCUGGGUGAGAACAGGUGACGUUUCAGAUCUCCAUUCCAGCCAACCUGCCCCUGUGAGCUUGCAAGGACUCCCCAUCUAGCGCCCUAGAGCCCCUAGCUGAUCCAUCCACUCUGCACCAGCACUGUGGGGUAUUUUAUUCCCUCAGAGGAGCAUGUGUCUGACUGCUGGUUUUGUGAAGGUAAGACUGAGGGGCAGAUACAGCUGCUCCAUCCUCAGGGCGCUGCCCCUCUGAGGCCCAAUGUCCCAGCUUGGGGUUUCAAAGUUACUGACUUGAUCCUCAUUGGUUCUGCCAGGAGUGGCCCCUGAGGACACCUCUAUGAUGUUCUCUGGCCAUGGGUAUUCCUUUGACCUCCUGCUUACCUUCCAGGGGCCCCAGAUGGUGUCCCCCACCUUCACUGGCUGCCAGGAAGACACCCAAACCCUGGGUCUGAGGACACAGCUGAGUGUUGGGGAGUGGGGCUAGAGAGGCCCUCCCAAAGGACUUGCAGAUCUGGGGCUGGGCUCUAGGCCUUGAGGACCAGCCCCUCCAUUUGGUCUGGGAGCUCUUCUGAAGGGAAGUCAGAAUCUUCUCCCCUCUCUGAAGCUGGGGUCUCUGAAAAGGUUUAUCCUGCCAACAAGGGUCCUAUCUGUACCUCCCUAACACCCUGACAUCAUUUGCAUCCUCCCCCCAACAUCCAGAGAUGGAGAGAUCACUCCCUCCUAGGCAACCCCUGUCCCUGUGGGAGAACCCUCCUCACAGGAGCCCUGUCUCCCCAGCAUGGCCUUAGGGGCACACGGCACACCUGCCCUCAGCCCAGGGCAGCCACGGGAAGGUGUCACCAUGACCCCGAGUUGGCGCUUCUCCAGGCUGGCACCCCCAGCUCCCUACCCUGCCCCACUCCAGGACCUCCACCCCUACCAGAAGCCCUGCCCUCUGUAUGCCCCCAGUCCUUGCCUCCUCGAAUGGCGGCCUCUACAACUGGACUCCAUCCCCUGGGAGGUGUGACUGAGCUCAGCUGCUCCUCCCAGCGCCCCCUGUGACACCAUCUGGGAAGAAGUAAGAGCUUACCCACCACCCACGAGAUGCCUGUGAUUUGGAUCCCACCAGUAUGGCAGUAGGUAAAAUGCAUCUGACUCUCAAUCAUGAGGAAGGGGAGGCCCUUGGGAUAGAGUGGGAAGCAAAAAUUAAGGAGGGAGUCUCAGCCAGCCCUCCAGGCCCCACCCCACAUCCUCACCCCAGACCCACACACCUUGUCCACAAGCUUUCACUCCACCUAAACCCGGAUGCCCUCAUCCACGAGGCACAGAAGCACAUAAACCUUGGAGACUUACAUUUGAAUCUUGGCUCUGCCACUCAUUUAUCAGAUGACCUUGGGCAUCUCAGUUUCCUCAUCAUAAAAAAGAGGGAUAAUCACACUCACUUUACAUUCUAUUUGCUUGUUUGUUUAUUUAUUUGUUUAUUUGUUUAUUUAUUUAUUUAUUUAUAUUUUUGGCUGCAUUGGGUCUUUGUUGCUGCGCGAGGGCUUUCUCUAGUUGCAGCGAGCGGGGGCUACUCUUCGUUGUGGUGCGCGGGCUUCUCAUUGUGGUGGCUUCUCUUGUUGCGGAGCACAGGCUCUAGGCACACGAGCUUCAGUAGUUGUGGCACGCAGGCUCAGUAGUUGUGGCUCACAGGCUCUAGAGCGCAGGCUCGGUAGUUGUGGUGCACGGGCUUAGUUGCUCGGCGGCACGUGGGAUCUUCCCAGACCAGGGAUCGAACCCAUGUCCCCUGCAUUGGCAGGCAGAUUCUUAACCACUGAGCCACCAGGGAAGUCCCUUAUGUUUUAUUUGUAUUGUCUGUCUCUUCCUGAAAGCUCCCAGAGGACAGGGGUUUUUGUCUAGUUUUGUCACUGCUUUACCCCCAAUGCCUAGAACGGUGCCUAGUGUAUAGUAGGUGCACAACAAUUACUCAUUGAAUGAAUGAAUGAGAUUCAUAGUGAGGAAUAAACGAGAUAAACCAUGUAACUGUUUUGCAGAACAUCUAGUACUAGUGGGUACUCUUAUAUAAUUCCUUUCCUUUGCAAAGCAAGUCAAAUUAUUUCGUGUAAGUUUCACAAGGGCCCUUUGAGGCAGGAACCUUAUUAUUAUUGAUUCAUUCGUUAUUUAUUCAACAAAUAUUUACCAAGAGCCUACUAUGUUGUAGACAUUGUUGUAGGUAUUUGGAAGUCAUCAGUAAAUGAAAAAGAAAGUUCCUUCCCUCAGAGCUUAUAGCCUAGUAGGGUGAGAGAGACAAAAAGCAACAGAUAUCAUAAAGUGUAAAUUCCAUGCUGUGUUAGGAGGUGACAGGUGCUGUGGGAAAAACAGCAGAGUGGGAAGAGGGAUUAGGAGGACAUGGAGGAUGUGAUUUUUAAAUAGGGUGGUCAGGUGAAGCCUCAGGAGAGGCUAAAAAGAGAGCAUUCGAACAGACUUGAAGGAGAGCCUUCCAGCCGGAGGGAACAGUAAAUGCAAAGGUCUGGCUGCCAGAGGAAGGAGGCUGGUGCCUGGGGUGAAGACGGAAGAAGUGAAGUGGAGGCCACAGGUUGGUGGAAUCUUGUAGGACAGUGAGUGAGGUGGAAAGCCAUUGCAGACAUACGGUGUGCCUUACAUUUUAGAAGCCUAAAUCUGGGUUCAGUGUGGUGAAUAAACUACAGUGGGGUGAGGAUGGGAGCAGCCAGAGCAGGAAGGAGCCAAUGAAGAAAUCCAGGUGAGAGAUCUUGAGGAUUAGGACCAGAUGGAGGCAAUGGAGGUGGUGAGAAAUGGACUGAUGCCAGAUGUAUUUUGAAGGAAGAGCCAGCAGGAUACCUGACAGUUUUUUCUUGCAGGGUUUGGCAGGCAGUAAAAUCGAGAUCCAGAGAAGACCUAGUGAAGUGCCACACAGCUGGUCAGAGGGUGGCGUGGAGGAUGGGGCCGGGGUGUCUGGAAGGUCCCCAGGUCUAGGGCAGAGUGGGAGAAAGGCUUCUGCUGCAGAAGGUCACAAAACAGCCCCAGGGCAGCUGGGCAUUGAUUUGAUCAAUGGCUUUUUUCCUCUUCCCCUGAAUUCCCCUAUGAUGGCCUUUUAAUUGGGUCCAUUUGUUCCAAGACCUUGGGCUGAGCAGACGCCAGAGUGUUUGCCUAUUAUCAAGUAGAUUAGUAAAUGGCCCUGGGUCCUGGGCUGCCAGCAAAGUCAGAGUAGCUGCACAGCGUCUCUGAGGAGUAACCCCAGGCCCUUGGUGCACUGCAGGUCUGUGCCAGGUGGCUUAACUUUGCCCAUGCUGCCUCUCUGUCUGCAGUGUCCUUGCUCACUAGGUAAAUGCCUCCUCCUCCUCCAAGCCUUGCUAAUCACCAUCCCUGCCCACGCUCGCUCAUCUCCCUGGGCAGAGAACUCACACAAGUGCCGAGGAGGGAUGCCUCAUUGCAGGGCCUGCCUCUGACAGAGGACAAACAUGGUCCAACUCAAGGUUAUUAGGGAAGAGGGAGCAUGUACUUCACCCAAACAGCAUGGACAUCACAAUCCUGCUGAAGUAAAAGAGACUUUUCCGUUUCUCCCAGUUCCUCCUCAGGAGGAGGGGUAGGAGGGCAGAGAGAGGAGGAGGAGAGGAAUUAGUGUUAAAUUCACAAAACGGAAAUGAGCUGGAAAUGUAAGCUUGACCGGAGGGAAAGAAAACUGUCUCAUGGCAAUAACAAAUUCAGACUGUUAAAAAAAAAUUGGUUAAUUCCAUCUUAGACAUUAUUUACCGAUUUCCUCUAUAAAAGAUGAAUAUUUAGUUGUCUUCCCUCAUCCUCCUGUUGCAAUUUUUGGUUAAAUCAAUAUUCAGUGCUUACAUUUUUAUGACUUUGAAAGUAUUGUUGGCAGUUAACAUCUAAUAGUGUUCUAUGAUUACAUUUUCUUUCUUGCAUAACUUUUUGUUUCUCCUGGAGUUAAUAACUGCCUUACUGUACACCCCUAAGAGGGACAUAUUCUAAGGACAGUGAGAAUUAUAAAGAAAUCUUAAACAGUGUUUGUAAUCAUAUCAUGAGUGGCUAUUGAAACAUGGCUCGUCUGAACUGAGAUGUGCUGCAAGCGUAAAACACACACUGGAUUUUGAAGACUUGGUACAACAAAAAAAGGUCUAGGCAGUGAUCAUCAAUGGCUGUGUCCCCACUAACAGUCUCAUAACACCUCAACCCACUGACCAAUAUUAACAUCACAAAAAGAGAGAGAGGAGACCGGUCAUAUCUUGCUGAUGUGGUGCAAAAGGAAGUACACACCACCACCUGUGAAUUCUUGCCAAAAAAUUGAUCCUGAAUCUGAUCAAACCGAUUUAACUAUCAGUUUUCAGGAACUACAGGGUACAGAAGAAUAUGUUAAAUGACAACAUGGGGAUGCAAUUAACCAGAUCCAGAAUUUGAGAACUUCUAUGGGAUAAAUGACCUGUUUCUUCAUUAAAAAAAAAAAAACAAGAAACCAACCAACAACAAAACAAAACAAAACACGGGGAAAAAAUGGCAGAGGAGUAAAUACAGGAAUGGAAGUUGAAGCCAGGGUCCCAUCUCUACUCACUGCUACAAAGGUAUAAGUCCCAAAUCCCUAAAUGAUCAGAAGCCAUUUGUCUCGAAGGGAAACAGGGGGAGGAAAUCAGAAACGGAGAAGAGACUGGACUACAUUUUGCUUUUCUCCACUCUUCUAUGCUGAAUCCCUACCCCAAAAUAUGUUGAAGUCCUAACACUCAGUACCUCAGAAUGUAAACUUAUUGGAGAAAGGAUCUUUAAAGAGGCAAUUAAGUUAAAAUGAGGUCACUGGGGUGGGCUCUAAUCUAGUAGGACUGGUGUCCUUACAAGAAGAGGCUAUUUGGAUACAGACACAAACAGAGGGAAGGUGGUAUGAAGACACAGGGAGAAGAUGGUCAUCUACAAGCCAAGGGGAGAGGCCCUCAGAAGGAACCAAUCCUGCUGUCACCUGGAUCUUGGACUUCUAGCCUCCAGAACGAUAGGAAGACUGCAGCCAAAAGAAUGACCAUGGCUUUGGAAGGUGGAGUCCAGGCUGAGGAGGUGGGCACUGUCCUUAGCUCAGAAGUGUGGACAUUCUGCUCAUGCUGAUUAAUUAAUUACCAGGGCCUUCCCUGCCCUGGGCCCCAGUUUGGGCUCUCAGACACAGAGAGGCACCAGACCUGGCACUUCUCCUCAGGAGCUUCGCAGUCUGUGGGGAAGAGAUAGACAAGCAGGCCCACCGUGACCACAAUCUCCAAACUCCAGGGAGCCCAGGGAAGCCCUGCAUGGCAUGAUUUAGUGCCUCUAACCUCAUGACAUCCUGACAGCAUCUCUGGAUGUAGGAAGUCCAGUUGAACAGCCAUGGAAUGGGACAAUGACACAGGCCAGGCCCUGGGCUUGCCGCCCACCACCUGCGUCUACCAAGAGAACUUCAAGCGGCUACUGCUGCCACCUGUGUACUCGGUGGUGCUGGCAGCCGGCCUGCCACUGAACGCCUGCGUCAUUGCCCAGAUUUGCACAUCCCGCCGGGCCCUGACCCGCACGGCCGUGUACACCCUGAACUUGGCCCUGGCGGACCUGCUGUAUGCCUGCUCCCUGCCCCUGCUCAUCUACAACUAUGCCCAAGGUGACCACUGGCCCUUCGGAGACCUCGCCUGCCGCCUGGUCCGCUUCCUCUUCUAUGCCAACCUACACGGCAGCAUCCUCUUUCUUACCUGCAUCAGCUUCCAGCGUUACCUAGGCAUCUGCCACCCUCUGGCCCCCUGGCACAAGCGUGGGGGCCGCCGGGCUGCCUGGCUAGUGUGUGGGGCUGUAUGGCUGGCCGUGACGACCCAGUGCCUGCCCACAGCCCUCUUUGCUGCCACAGGCAUCCAGCGUAACCGCACGGUCUGCUAUGACCUGAGCCCACCUGCCCUGGCCACCCACUACAUGCCCUAUGGCAUGGCCCUCACAGUCAUCGGCUUCCUGCUGCCCUUUGUUGCCCUGCUGGCCUGCUACUGCUGCCUGGCCCGUCGUCUGUGCCGCCAGGACGGACCAGCAGGGCCUGUGGCCCGGGAGCGGCGUGGCAAGGCAGCCCGCAUGGCUGUGGUGGUGGCAGCUGCCUUUGCCAUCAGCUUCCUGCCUUUCCACAUCACCAAGACAGCCUACCUGGCAGUGCGCUCUACGCCCGGCCUCCCCUGCCCUGUGCUGGAGGCCUUCGCGGCUGCCUACAAGGGCACGCGGCCCUUCGCCAGUGCCAACAGUGUGCUGGACCCCAUCCUCUUCUACUUCACCCAGAAGAAGUUCCGCCAGCGGCCACAUGAGCUGCUACAGAAACUCACAGCCAAGUGGCAGCGACAGGGUCGCUGAGUCCACUGGGGCAGGACACGUGGGGUCUGGGCAACCAUUGUGUCUGCCACUGUGGCUGGGACACCAGAAGCUCCACCAGCCCCAAACCAUGCAAAGAAUUAGAGCUUAGCUCAGCUGGGCAUAGAGUGAGACCCCCCACAGACCCCAAAACUUCACCAACAACUAUUUAUUAAGCCCUUUUUCUGAACCAGGCCCUGUGGGUACAGAGAGACAAGCCUGGGUCUGGUUCUCCAGAAGGUCUCAAGAAGCCAUGGAGAGUUGGGGAGAGAGUUAAGCUGCUCACAAAGAUAUGGUACGACAUGUACUGUAACUGAGGAGUAUGCUGCAUACUUUGGAGUCACCAAUAAAGGGAGUAAGAGAAGGUGGGGGGGGGGAGUGAGAGCUUCUGGGAAGGGCCAUUUGAGCUGGGUUUUGAGGGAUGAAUAUGAGAUCUCUGGGGGAUGUGCUAUGUUCCAUUCAUUCAUUUGGUACUCCUCUGACGCCGCUCCUCAUCCUCUCUGCUCCUUGUCCUCAUCUCCACACACAACCCCACCCCAUCCCCACUCACUACUCCUCCAUUCCUUAUUCCCUCCUCCCAGAUCUGUUUUCCUCCUGUGGAACAAUCUGGCCAGCCCAUGGCUGCUAGUAUGUCACACAGACCCAGUACCGGCAGAACCAGCCAUGGCAAAGGGAGUCUUCCAGCUUAGAAGGUUAGAGCGGGGAGAGGAAAGGGCAGAGGGACAAGGCAGGGAGGGGAAGGACUGUACAACUUCUUCAGUAUUUUUCUUUUAGCCCUGCCUAAUCUCCAAGGCUGUUCAGCCAAGGGGACCUUUACAGAAGGGCUCUGCAGGAGUUAAACUCCACAGUUAUGUCUGACGUGUGCUUGCAGCUGGUGGAGGAAGGGAGAAAACCAGGCCCCAACCCAUCUUGGGGAUCCAUUGAAAGUGUCCUUGCUGGAGAGGCUGACAAUUUGGACAGAAGGCAAUUUGAUUCUUUGGGUCACAGUGAGACAGAUGUGUGGGGACAUCAGAAGACAGAGACUGGUUCUUAGUCCCCAUAUAGUGCAAUGCUGUGCCAAGCAGUCCAGGUGUUACCCAUCUUGCAUCUGAGACCAGGCUCUUCAGCUGCCUGUCACGGGGGACUAAGAGAUGGGGGAGCAGAAGGCAGAGGGCCUCCGCCAACGGCCCAGGCUGAGCGCGGCAGCGAGUCCCAGAUGACUGUCCCAGCAGGAUGCCAAGAACUGUGACCCCUUGGUUACUUUUCCAAGAGUGGAAAUUGUGGGCCACAGGUAAAUUCCAUUCCCAGCUUCCCUUGCAAGGCAGAAUAGCAUAAAAGGUUCAGACCCCAGAGCCAGAUCACCUGGGUGUGUAUCCUGGGUCUAUCAUUUACUAGCUGUGUUACUCUGGGGAAGUUAUUUAACUUCUUCAUACCUUAACUUCCAUAACUGUAAAGUGGGAGUAAUAAUGGUACCUAUUUUGUAAAGUUGUGGUGAGGAUUAAAUUAAUUAAUAUGUGCAAAGCACUUAGAACAACGCCUGGAACAUAGUAGGCAUGCAAUGAAUGCUACUGUUAUAAUGGUUUCGCCUUUUGCUCACACAAGUUCCUCUAGGGUCUGUCUCUAGGAAUAGGCAUAGGAGGUUUCUAAACAAGGAGCUUUAAGCAGGGGAGAUUGCAAGGGUUUUUCUUUCUCCUUUAGCUAGGAGGCAGCUAGUCUUUUAAGAAAAAAAAAUUCAGCACACUUUUUUGAGAAUAAGAGCCAUAAUCCAUGAGCCCCAUCUGUUCCUAUAAGAAGGAAAAAUCAUUUAUUACAUGCCAGGACCAGGAAGGGAUUCCAAGCACCAUUUGGGAGGCUUGAAUUCCUCCUUCCCUUCCCCCUCCUUUUGUUCUUUUCCUCUUCCCCACCGCCCUUCUCCCUUCUCACUUUAACCCAGAGCACUCUCGGUGAUGGAGGGGCAGGGCAGGGCAGGUGGUGGUGGGGGGGGGCUUACUCUGGGAAGGACUGCUUGCUGGCGGGGACAGAGACGACACAGACAGGGGUGGAGUGUGGUGAGGGGCAGGAGGAACCAAAGGGGUUGCGGAAGACUUCCUGGGGGAAGGAGCGGUGCAGCUGGGUCUUAAAGGGUAGAUGUAAUUACACUGAAAGAAAAAGGGUAAGGGUGUUCCCUGGUGCAGGGAACAGCACAAACAAAGGCAUGGAGGAAGGAUAGGCGGAGCUGUGGCCUGAUAUGAAGCUGGAGAGUUAGCAGGGCUAGAGAGGAAAAGGCUGCCGGCCAGGGAAGCACUGGGGAGCCGGAAGGACAGUAGUGGCCAUUGGCCGGGCUCUGUGGAUUCCGGGAACCAUGCAACGUGUGGUAUACUCAUUUUCUCAUUUAAUCCUUAUAAUACCUUAUAAUGGGGAAGCUGAGACCCGGAUGUGGGAACUGACUUACUAAGGUCACACAGCCUUUCUCUAACCCAAAUACUAGAUCCUCCCCUGCUUCACCCUCCCUUCCCUCCCCUUUCCUUUCUUCACCUGACUUCCAAGUGCCCACAUGUCCCACCCAGUCCUAGUAACUGGGGACCCCUAGGAAGUUGUGCCAACCAAUGUCAAUUCUCUUUUAGCUAGGCACAGUCUCCUAGGAUGAAAACUUCAUUUCCUAGCCUCUCUUGCAGCUAGGUAUGGCCAGAUAAAGUACUCCUGGUCCAUGGGAUAUAAGCCAAAUGCCCUAAGGCAGUUUAAUAUGGGAGGAGGGAAUGUCUUUAAGAGACAGGUGGUGUCUGGCCUCCCUUCCCUUCUUGUUGCUUACAUUGUGAUGUCACAGCUGGAGCACCAUCUUGGAACAUGAGAAGCAGCUUGCGUUUCUGACCAUUCCAGUUUGGGGCCACCUAAAUCCAGACUUUUGCAUGAGAGAGAAAUAAAUGUCUAUCUUUUUUAA